UCUCUGCUUUGCUUCGUCUACCAGACGCCAUGCCAUACCAUGAGAAAAUGGUCCAAGUAGAACAUAUUAUUGAUGUCUUGGAACUUAGACAAUGUCUAAAUACUAGAAUUGGAGAUGAGAUGAAGCGAGGGUUAUCUAAAGGGGAGAAGAAACGAACAAGUAUUGCGUGUGAGCUACUUACAAAUCCAACUACCAUGCUACUGGAUGAGCCAACAUCGGGCCUUGACUCCGGUGCUGCUCUCUCUCUCAUGUCUAUUUUGAAGAACUGUGCACGAAAAGAACAUAAAUCUGUUGUUGUUACAGUCCACCAGCCGUCCAGCCAGAUUUUCCACAUGUUUGAUCGUCUGCUUUUAUUAACUGACGGACAAGUCGCUUUCUUUGGACCUACACGAGGGAUUUUCGAGUUUUUCUGUGAAGUUGGCUUACACAUGACUCCACAUUAUAACCCUGCGGAUUUUAUCAUUGAACAAGUAAGGAAAAACCCAGAAAUACGAGACAAGCUUAUAAAAGCUGCCCCAAACUUCAGUGAGCUGAAAGAAGUUUGUGGUACUAUUGAAAGAAUUUCCUCUAUAUCUGGACUGUCUCAUUUGACAGAUCCUACAGAGGAUAUUGGAGAUUCUGGAGUAUCUUCUUCGUCCGACGCUUACAGCUCUGUUUUUAGCAGCGAAGUUUACCUUCCUGAAGAGGUUGAGAAGUGGCCCACGUGUUUCUGGACUCAACUAAAAGUGUUAUCUCGAAGAAAGUUUCAAGAAGCUCAUGGUCGAAUGCUCUCUAGCCUGAACUGGAUACAAACCAUUGGAUUAGGACUCGUGAGUGGACUUCUGUGGUUUCAAAUGGAAAGAACAGAAACUAACCUCUCUGAUAUUCAAGGAUGGAUGUUCUUCAGUAUCACCUAUUGGAUGCUAUUUGCGCUAUUUGGAGCACUUACUUCAUUUCCACUUGAAAGGGAAGUGGUCAACAAAGAAAGGGAGUCGGGUACCUAUAGACUGUCGGCUUACUGCUUGGCUAAAAUGAUUGGAGAAUUUCCUCUCACUGUUACUCUCCCAUCAGUGUUCCAUUUCAUCUCCUAUUCGAUGUUAGGGUUACAUGAUCCUCAGACCUUCCUGUGCCUGUGGGGAUUUCUUUUUCUAAAUACUGUAGUUGCUCAGAGCGCAGGGAUCCUUGUGGGAGCGCUGUGUGUUGAUCUUGAAGUGUCAGUAACUGUAUCGGCUCUGUAUUCCUUAUCAACGAUGCUGUUUGGUGGUUUUUACGCAAAGUCUAUCCCUUCCUGGCUACUGUGGUUGAAGUAUUUCUCCAUGGUUCAUUAUGCCGUUAAUAACAUGCAGAUUAUAGAGUUUGGUGGUAGUUCGCCUAUACGUUGCGCACCUCAAAAUUCGCAGUUCGAGCUAUGUCGCCAUGGAAACAAUUCAGUUAUUCCAGUUGAAGUCAUCAUUGAACAUCAAGGAAUGGUGCUCCCUCUGUGGGCAAACACUUUAAACAACGAGACUACAUGAGUGCAUCACUAUUCAACAAUAUACAGAUAGAACCAGUCAACCAAGAAAUCUCAUAUAUUUAUAUCCUAGCAAUGGGUUUGUAUCAAACUGAAAAUAAGUUGAAGUUUUUUUCUACUUUAUCAAACAGACUUUUAAACACCAGCAUUUAUCUGGAUUAAUUUAAGAAGUUCUAGAACUUUGUGCAAUUUUUAGUUUCUAGUUGAUUUUUCAUCUUUUCAAGUUAAAACACUCAUAACUAUUUCAUGUACAUAUGUAUAUAACCUUUAAGCUUGUUAACUAAAAAGGAGUUAGAUAGUUUUGGUUUUUCUACAAAUAAAGCCAUGUUUUGCAUCUGUUACUACACAGGUAACCCAAGCACUAGUUACAAGCAAGUUAACAAAAAAACUAACUGAAUAACGUGAAUAAACCAUUCAAUCAUUUAGUUAAAUCUUUUACUUCAGAUAUGGUUAAUGUCAUUUAAUUCUGUUUACUUUUGUUACCAAAUUACAGAUGACUGUAACUAUCCUAAACCUGCAGUAGCUUAUAUGUUAAUAUUUACUGCAAGCAAUCUAAUAAGCUGAUGUGCUUUCAACUUGUUUUUAGGUUUACUUGAUGCUCACUUAUGCAUUUCCUAAAAUAACUUUUAAAGUUCUUAGGUUAUCAUUUUUAAGUUCUAGACAACUGCAUUCAAAAUGUUCAACUUUUAAACUUCUGAAAAUUUCGGAGUUGGCUUAAAUAAAUGGGUUACAUACAGUCAAAGAAACUGCUGUGACUGAAUUCUUAUGUUUUUCCAAUAAUAAGGUGCACAGUUUGUCUGUUUGAUGGGUUAUGAUAUGUAAAACCAGCAUAGGCAGACAAAAAAUCCAUGCUUAUAAUUGUGUAAAACUGCUGUGUUUGUUAAAAAUGAUUAAGUUUUCCAGCUACAUUAAAAUAACUAUUCAAUGUGAAUUAUUCUGGUGUACAAAACAAAGCAAAUGCUAGUCAUCUGGUAGCUAGACAGUGUUUAGUCCCAAAUACAAGUUUUAUAAAUUAAUGAUAAAUACUGCAGCAGUAAAACAUAUGCUCUACCAAAUAUAUAAAGAUAUUCUUCUGUAGUUGUGAUUAAACCCUAGCUAACCAGCACUAUACAA